AAUGCAAUUAUCAAUUAGUAUAACUCAAUUCAUCGAGAAGAGAACACAUAUUUGUUAUUCGUGAUUUUCAGAGAGGAAAGAAAAAUUGUUGAAUAGUUCAACAUAUUUACAAGAUGGCUUGCUGCGGUGACGACGGUUAUAGUUUGUUUUCGACAAACAAUCAAUAUGGUGAAAAGUAUCAAUACGAUGUGGACUUCAAGGGUCCAAAGUCGCGUCGAUCACACACUGAUGUGUAUUGGUUGGUGGGUUUUUUGGUUUUUACGUCUGUUUGGCUUAUACUUGGUGCUUGUGUUUUGAUGCAAGAUUCUCACAAUGAGCACCAAGCACAACUUAUGAUCGAACUCGAUAUCAGAGAUGCACCAUCAAAAUCGGUGGUUUUUGAAUAUCUGAAGAAAACAUUAUGGUGCUAUUUGAGUACUAUAUCUCUUGCAACAGUGAUCUGCUUGAUCUUGAUUCAUGUGAUGCAAUGGAUUGCGACUCCAGUUGUUUGGUUUUCAAUAUGCUUAAUGAUUUCUAUGUUCUUUGCAGCGGCAAUUGGAGGUUUUAUCACUUACUCUGAAGAACAAACAAUAGACCACGAUGCAGCUGCAAAUGGACUUGGCAUGGGCAUUGCGUUUAUGAUAAUAACGCUUGUUACCAUUCUGUGUGUUUAUUUGGCACGUCAUAAAAUUACUGUUGCAAUAGCACUAAUCAAGGAAGGUAGCAAAGCUGUUGCUUCGUCCUAUUCAACUGUAUUUUUCCCCAUAAUUCCGUUGAUCUUCCAAAUUGGUAUAUUUGCAAUUUUUGCAAGCGUUUUGGCAAACAUACAAUUUAUCGGAUCAUAUGAUGACGAUGGAAUACGAGCAGCUUUACAUUUGGUGAACUUGUUUGGAUUUCUUUGGGCUUAUUGGUUCAUGGAUGCAUUCCAAAAAAUGGUCUUGGCACACGUGUUUUCAACAUGGUAUUGGACAUACGAUAAAAAAAAUCUUCCAAUGUUAACACUAACUACGGCGUUAGUUCGUACAACACGGUAUCAUCUUGGCACCGUUGCACUUGGAUCCAUUUUGAUAACAAUCGGUCAAAUUAUUUGUUACAUGAUUCGAAUUCUGAUGAACAAUCGUUACAUGCGAGUUUUCCGACUUUGUUGUGACAUUACCGAAAUCAUUGAACGAUUCUUGCAAUUUUUAAACAAGAACACAUUCAUCAUGGUCGCUAUUCAUGGUAAUCCAUUCUGCCAAAGUAUGCGUGACGCAUUCAACCUAUUGAUGCGAAAUAUUGCAAGCGUUUAUGUGACAAGCCGAGUGACAACGCUUCAAUUUGCCCUUUUCAAUGUCGCCAUUUCCGCUGGAAUGGGAGGAUUAACCUAUCUCUUCAUAGAUAACCGUGAUCCGGAUCUAAUAUGGUAUCCAAUUGUAGUUGCAGUAAUUGGUUCGUACAUCGUUUCAUCCACAUUCUUCAAAGUUUAUGCAAUGAGCAUCGACACCAUGUUCCUAUGCUUCUUGGAAGACAUCGAACGAAACGAUGGAAGUGAGCAAAGGCCAUACUACAUGUCACAAACGCUAAUGAAAGUACUUCACAAGAACAGCGAAAAUCUUCUUCCACCCCCUUAUGAACAUGUUUAAUUCUCAUAUUUUUUUUAUCAAGUUUAAUUUUCUUUUUUUAAUGGUUGAAUAUGGCCUUUAAAAGUGUGUCCAUUACUUUAAACAAUAUCGGAACAAUUAUAAAUGAUGAAAUUUGUCGAAAUUUUAAUGAAUAAAUAUCGGACGCAUUUAAAAUACAA